AAUCUGCUGCCGAUGUUUCUGCUGCAACUAUUCAGAACAGUUCUUCCAGUAUCCGAGGGAAAUCUUCUGGACAAAAAUAUGAAUCAAUAUCACCUGUGGUCUUCGGUGUGCAGUGCUCUCUGUGCUUGUGUCAAUAAUCCUCAGAAUGAGGACAAUCAGAAAACCUGCAGUUUAAUUUUCCCACAUGCAAAGGACUGGCUAGAAAGCUCUAUAAAGUCUGAGGUCAUUCGCCCAAUAUGUUCAUUCAUUGGGCUCACAGUUGCAAACAACUCAAAAAUACAGCACUUUUUUGUUUCUAUUGGUGGAUUGGCUGUGUUGGAUAAACUUCUUGUCAAACUGACUCAUAAGUCAUUUGGGAACAAUUCAGACACAAAACUUGCAGUAGUGGUGACUAAAACCAUGGAUGCUUGUAUUGCUGAUAACAAGGAAAAUCAAUACACUUUCAUUAAGAACAAUGGCCUUGCAGCUCUGAUUCAAGCACUAACUGAAUCACAGGAUGAAGAACUACAUAAGGCUGCUACCUUUGUGCUACAAAAUUGCAGAAAGAUCAUGGAGAAGUUGUCACUGCAGUUAAAUGAGAAUUCAGUAACAGUAGAUGGUGACAUGGGACAAUUGGAAGUAGAUAUGCAGAGCAACGAAAGGAAUCUUGAAGACUACUGGAGUGAAGCAAAAGAAAUCUUAUCCAGAAUCAAAAGGUUUGAAAAGGAACAUCAAGAGGGAAAAAUGAAAAGGCAAAUAUGUGAUGAUAUUCCUCAAGAAGUGAUUCCACAGACUGCAUCAAAACAUCUUAAAGCAAAUACAAGCAGCGGAUGCUUUAGUAAAAGCAUGGCAUGUACAAAAGCAAAACAACCACUAAAUUCACAUCAGCUGAAUGCUGCUAAAUUUGUAAAUCGCUCUUCUAAGAAUGAACUGUUAAAACCUACCGAAAGACAUCUGACUGAUACUUCAUUCAGUCAAAAUGAAUACAGUAACAGCCUUCUUUCCUCUGAUAAAAGUCGCACAGACAGCAUAAGCAAAAUCCACAUGAGAACCUCUGUUUGUGAGUUUGGUAAAUCUGCUGUUCAGGCAAGAGACUUCUUGUUUAAGCAACCAGAUUUUGUAAUCCUAAACAAGACUCAACAGGUACAAAACACAGAUCCACUAUGUUUAAGCAUUACUAGCCAGAGAGCAGGCCACACUUCUGUGAAUCCUAAAAUAGCAGAGCUAAGGUGCUCAGGCUGUCAAACAAUAGGACUUACCUUAAACAGUCGAAAUUUUAGUAAGAUUUUGCAGACUUGUCAAUAUCUAUGUGAGCAGCAUAGAAUUAUUCUAGGAAGUGAAAUGGAAUAUAAAAGGAAGCUUAAAAGAUUUAUUAUUUCUUCCAGGAAUACAUCUCUAAACUAUAAUGAAAAUCUUCAAAUGAAACAGGAUGCAUACCCUAAGAAACAAACAAGCAAACAGAAAUACAGCUUUAAAGCCCAGGAUCAGAAUGAAAGGCAUUCUUUUCGAGAUGAGAACACUGAAAUUGAUCUAUCAGAUAUACCUGCGACAGCUAUUAAAAAUGUCAAACGGAGAACCAGGAAAGAUUUUACAUCAGAAGAAAUAACAUACCUUUUGGAUGGUGUAAAGAAAAUGGGUCAUCACUGGAAUGCCAUUUUGUGGGCAUAUCCAUUUCAGAAGGGAAGGACAAAUGUUGAUCUGGCUAAGAAGUACUGCAAAUUACAGAAGAAUGAAGACAAAAACAUGUAUGACAUUGACAGACCUGAUAUAUCAUACAAAUAGGAUUACUUCUGAUUUAUACUCUUUAACCAAUAUUUGUUUCACAGGGAUUAUUUUAUUAAUAUUGAGGAUUUAUUGUGGCCUAGGUUCUUUAAAUCAGCAGCAUUUAAUUAUUGCACACACUAACAUUGUAUCCAAGCAAUAUUAUCAUACUGUUCUUCAGCCAAGUUCUUAACAAAGCAUGCUUUACUUUCUAGUGCUUUACUUUUGUAAAGAAAUAAACAUUUAUAAAAUAAAUAUGAAAAUGUGAUACAGAUGGUUCUAUUGUUAUAUGAUGCUAUUGCUAAAGCUUAUUCCACUUUAAAUAUAUGUGAGCUGUGCUUAUGUUUAUUAGGACAUUUCACCUUUCCUCUUUGCCAACUGACCAAGGCAUAUGCAGUAUAAUUCAUUUUUUACAUUUAUCUUCUCCUGCUGUUUUCUCCUCACUUUUCUUUGUCAGGGAAGAUCAUUCAGCUUCAUAAAAUGUUUUAUUUAUCUCAGGCAACUUCAUAUAUGAUAUUUUUUACUGCAUGGAGAUAAUCUUAAUGCAGGGAAAAGUUUAUUUUAUCCCAUACUUGAGGAUCUUUAUACUGACCCACAUAUUAUUGAGUAGGCAAUGGAUCUAACUGCAAUGAAAUAAAUUCUAGUACUGUGCUUCA